AUGAUGCGGCGAUGGACAACUUGGGAUUCGAUGGCACCGAUCAGUCGGACUGGUCUGGCGUCUUCCGGCUCUCGACUGAGGGACUGGAAACUCGUGGAUGCCAUCGCCUUCAUAAAACAGCGUGCCUGGGAGGUCAACCAUGUCUCUUUCUCUGCCUCUCUCUCUCCUCCUCUCUCGCUCGCUCACGGCAUCUGGUUCAAAUCGAAUGAUCACAUCGACAUCAAGAUGGAAGCUCUCGCCCUCCCUGAUGCAUGGCAUCUGAUCCUCUACCCACUCUUUCGCUUGGUCCGUCGAGUGAAGAACAAGCUUCAUCGAGCUAACCACCCUUCCCAGUUUUGCGCUUCCAGCACCGACACCAUGGUUCAACAGCCCCCCUCGGGAGGCUCCCGAAAGAUCUCCUUCAACGUGUCGGAGCAAUAUGAGAUUCAGGAUGUCAUUGGAGAGGGUGCAUACGGUGUGGUCUGCUCCGCCAUUCACAAGCCCUCGGGCCAAAAGGUCGCCAUCAAGAAGAUCACCCCCUUUGACCACUCCAUGUUCUGCCUGCGAACCCUGCGGGAGAUGAAGCUGCUGCGCUACUUCAACCACGAGAAUAUCAUCUCCAUCCUGGACAUCCAACGACCCCGCAACUACGAGGGGUUCAAUGAGGUGUACCUGAUCCAGGAACUCAUGGAAACCGAUAUGCACCGUGUCAUUCGCACCCAGGAUCUAUCCGACGACCACUGCCAAUACUUCAUCUACCAGACCCUGCGUGCCUUGAAGGCCAUGCACUCGGCCAAUGUGUUGCACCGAGAUCUGAAGCCAUCCAACCUGCUGCUGAAUGCCAACUGUGAUCUCAAAGUGUGUGAUUUUGGUCUCGCUCGGUCGGCCGCCUCCACGGAUGACAACUCGGGCUUCAUGACGGAAUAUGUGGCCACCCGCUGGUACCGUGCGCCGGAGAUCAUGUUGACCUUUAAGGAAUACACCAAGGCGAUCGACGUGUGGAGUGUGGGCUGUAUUCUGGCCGAGAUGCUGAGCGGCAAACCCCUCUUCCCCGGCAAGGACUAUCAUCAUCAGUUGACCCUCAUCUUGGAUGUCCUCGGCACGCCCACCAUGGAGGAUUACUACGGCAUCAAGUCCCGACGCGCCCGCGAGUACAUUCGCUCGCUCCCGUUCAAGAAGAAGAUUCCGUUCCGUGCGCUGUUCCCCAAGAGCAACGACCUGGCUCUGGAUCUGCUGGAGAAGCUGCUGGCCUUUAAUCCCGCCAAGCGCAUCUCCGUCGAGGAUGCCCUGCGUCACCCCUACCUCGAGCCCUACCAUGAUCCCGAAGAUGAACCGACCGCGCCUCCCAUUCCCGAGGGAUUCUUUGAUUUUGACAAGAACAAGGAUACCUUGAGCAAAGAACAAUUGAAGUUGUUGAUCUACGAGGAGAUCAUGCGGUGA